CUGUGGAAGCAAGUUAGUAGUGAAACUCUAGCCCAUGUGUCCUAUGUAAAUGAGACAGGAGAGGAACUCCCGGGAACUCCUGAAUUAAACCCCCCUCUAUAGAAACCAGACACUGGAAACUCAAAUCACUCCCCUUCCCUUAAGGAAAAAAAAAAUAGUAGAGGAAUGUAGCCUUUCCCUAUGUGUCUUUAGUUGUGAGUCUCUUCAGUGCAAUCUGCUCCAGUGUCCCCUUGUGCUAUAUGUAUCUCAGCCUGGGCUUGCUGCUGUGGGAUUUUCAUGAAUAUCUUCUCCCCCCUUCUCCGUCCAAGCCAUGCCAUGUAUGCAGAGAGGCCGGAUUGCAUUUAUUUCAUUUUCUACUCAAUCCCUUUCCUCCUGGCUACUUGCCACGGCACAAGGCUGCACCAGGAUAACUCACACUUUCUGCACCAGGGACAAGAGCGAUUGGACCAUACUUUACCAUCGGGCUAUGAAGUUGUUGAGCCAGUGAAAGUCGACGAGAGAGGAGACUUUUUGUCCUACAACUUGCAGCACCCCGCCGAACGCACCCGAAGGAAACGUAACGUUGCCCCUCAAGCUAUACAUUACAGAAUUCGCUACAAAGCCGAUGACCUGUUCUUAAACCUGACAUUCCGUGAAGGAUUCCUCUCGGAUAAUUUUAUACUUGAAAGAAGAAAUGGCAAUUACAGCCAGGCCCAGAUUUCCCCACUGCCAGGAACUGGCUGCCAUCUUACUGGUACAGCGCAACAGGCGCAUGUCGGAAAUGGAAUUGCUGCUAUUAGCGUGUGCGAUGGACUGGCUGGAUUUUUCCGUCUUCCCGAUGGAGACUAUUUCAUUGAACCACUUCAUGGUGCUACACAGGUCUCAGGAAAGCCACACCAGCACAUAAUAUACAGGAGGGAGACGACUCACAGGAAUCGCAGGGAACUCCCUAUUUCUUCAGGAGGUUUUUGUGCAGUAAAUGAUACUUCCAGGUCCGUUCUCCAGCAAGAACUUCAGCGUGAGGAAUGGGAGAGGAACUACCUGAAUGGCCGAAAAAUAUCACAACGAUCAGUUAGCAAAGAACGAUGGGUGGAAACCCUUGUGGUUGCAGAUACCAAAAUGAUCGGCUACCAUGGCAGCAAUAAUGUGGAGUCCUAUAUAUUUACUAUCAUGAACAUGGUGGCGGGAUUAUUUCACGAUUCAAACAUAGGCAAUGCAAUUCACAUUAAAGUGGUUCGGCUUAUUUUGCUGGAAGAGGAAGAGGAAGGACUCAAGAUAGUUCACAAUGCCGAUCAAACAUUGGCCAGCUUUUGUAAAUGGCAGAAGAGUAUCAACCCAAAAAGUGAUGCACAUCCUGCCCACCAUGACGUAGCAGUACUGCUAACCAGGAAAGAUAUCUGUGCUUCAAAGAACAGUCCUUGUGAAACAUUGGGUCUUUCUCACCUCUCUGGCAUGUGCCAGUCUUCCAAGAGCUGUAACAUUAAUGAAGAUACGGGUCUUCCUCUUGCAUUUACUAUUGCACAUGAACUUGGACACAGUUUUGGAAUACAGCACGAUGGCCAAGGAAAUGACUGCGAGAUUGUUGGUAGAAACCCGUAUAUCAUGUCCAGGCAGCUACAGUACAAUACUUCACCCCUAACAUGGUCACCUUGCAGCAAAGAAUAUAUUACCCGCUUUCUAGAUCGUGGUUGGGGAUUCUGUCUUGAUGAUGUGCCAGCAAAGAAAGGUUUAAAGCCACCAAUCAUUGCCCCAGGAGUGUUAUAUGAUGUCAAUCACCAGUGCCAGCUGCAAUAUGGACCUAAUGCCACCUUUUGUGAAGAGGUUGAUAAUGUGUGCCAGACACUUUGGUGCUCAGUGAAGAAUUCUUGUCGCUCCAAACUUGAUUCUGCAGCUGACGGAACAAGAUGUGGUGAAAAUAAGUGGUGCUUCAAUGGCAAAUGCAUUACUGUCGGAACAACCCCACAAACGAUAAAUGGAGGAUGGGGAGCAUGGACCCCCUGGUCCCACUGUUCAAGAACGUGUGGUGCUGGGGUGGAGAGCGCAGAAAGGAACUGUAAUAAUCCGCAGCCCAAAUUUGGAGGCAAAUACUGUACAGGAGAAAGAAAGCGCUACAGGAUAUGUAAUAUACAGCCCUGCCUCAAGGACAAUCCUACCUUCCGUGAGAUGCAGUGCACGGAAUUCAACACGGUGCCUUACAAGAAUGAACUGUACCAAUGGAUUCCUCUUUACAAUACAGAGAAUCCGUGUGAGCUGCACUGCAGGUCCUCCACCGGUAACUUUGCCAAUAAACUCCUUGAUGCGGUGAUUGAUGGUACGCCUUGCUUUGACAGGAACAAGAGCCGAGAGGUCUGCAUUAAUGGCAUAUGUAAGAAAGUUGGCUGUGAUUAUGAAAUAGAUUCAAAUGCUACAGAGGAUCGAUGCGGGGUCUGCCUUGGAGACGGCUCAAGCUGCCAAACGAUAAAAAAAGAAUUUAAUCAAACAGAUGGAUUUGGUUAUGUUGAUGUAGGCCUGAUUCCAAAAGGAGCUCGGGAUAUUAAGAUAGAAGAGGUGGCAGAGGCUGGAAACUUUCUGGCAUUAAGAAGUGAAGACCCGGAGAAAUAUUAUUUGAAUGGAAAAUAUAUAAUACAGUGGAAUGGGGAAUAUAAAGUGGCGGGAACAAUAUUUCAUUAUCAAAGAAAUAAUGAUUUUGAGAACAUAACAGCCUCCGGACCAACAAACGAGUCAAUCUGGAUACAGCUUCUAUUUCAGGAACACAACCCAGGAGUACGAUAUGAAUAUGUUGCACAAAAAGACGCCAACUUGGAAAACGAGAUUGAAUCAAUAUACACGUGGAGAUACGGAGGCUGGACAGACUGCAGUGCAACUUGUGGAACUGGUGUUCAACACCAAAUUGCUCGAUGCGUGAACAAAAAAAGAGGAGUCGUUAAGAAUACCUUUUGUGAUCAAGAAAUGCAGCCAAUGACACGGCAGAAGAAAUGCAACACUAAGGAAUGUCCACCCAGGUGGUGGGUUGGACAGUGGCAGCAAUGUUCCACAACAUGUGGACCUACUGGUGAGAAAAAAAGGACAGUUCUUUGCCUCAAAACUUCAGGAUCUGACGAAGAAGCUCUUCCCUCAGAGGACUGUCAUCAUCUUACCAAACCCAAAAUAUAUAUGUCCUGCAACAGAGAUAUUCUAUGCCCCUCAGACUGGACUGUGGGCAACUGGAGUGAGUGUUCUGUUACUUGUGGUGGUGGUGUCCGGACCCGCAACAUUACAUGUGCCAAAAAUAAUGAUGAGCCAUGUGAUUCCUCUAAAAAGCCAAAUAGUAAAGCACUUUGUGGACUUCAACAAUGCUACGUCCAAAAAACAUUGCCCCGACCUCCUAUUAAAUACAAGUACAGGAAAAAAAUAAUAAAGAAAAAACCUGGUCCAAAAAGACGCAUCUUCUUACCAAAUAAAAAUCAGCGGGUUCAGUCCACUACAAGAUCGCCAAAAGUGUUCAUGUCAGCAUCAUCUACACCUUCUUCUUCCCCAAGUGUGAGGUCGAUUAAAGAAGAUUUCCAAAUCAAUGAAAUUCCAAAUUCUACUCAUUUUAAUAUAGAUUACAAAUAUGACUUUGUGCUGGUGGAAAAUAACAAAAAGAAAGUCCAACUGAAUGCCACAAGCUUAAUUCCAUCAAUUUCCAACAAAACCAAAGGGGACAAUAUGGAAAAUGAUACAGUAACUGAAAAAGACUCUCAUCCUAUAUUCACGACAACUCACCCACCUGAAGAACUGACCUCAAGAUACGAGUUUCUAACAAAGCAACCAGAAACCCAAACAAAGUUGGGAAAAAAUAGAGUUUCAACAGCAAUUCCAGAUAAUGACUAUGAUACAGCCAUCAAUUUUAUCAUUGAAUCAAGGAGUAAAAGACACAAAGGGAAAAUGAACCAGAAACAGAAUAAUUCUGACACAUAUCUCAAUGAGACAGAAUCCCCAAAUAAUUCCUCAAUCGUAAUUAACACAACACCCCUUCGUAUAUAUAAUACUGUCACUACAUCAGAGACUAAUUCUACCAGAAAUAACAAGGAUUGGCAAGACGUAGCACCAACAGCCUCAGCAGAACCAUAUUUUCUGCGAGUUACCACAAGUAAUACGCCAGAGAAUUCAACUUGGAAAUUACACAAUGCAUCGAACAGGGACCACCUAAAUUCCACACACUAUGGAAAUGGCACAGGAUUAAACUUUAAUGUGUCAAAAGAAGUUUACUGGAUUGUUGGGAACUGGAGUGAGUGCUCAACAUCCUGUGGCCUUGGGGCUAUGUGGAGGCCUGUAGACUGCAGUACUGACAUUGAUAAUGACUGUGAACACAUUAAAAAACCUGAUCCUGCAAGAAGAUGCCAUCUCCGUCCUUGUUCCAAAUGGCAAACCGGAAACUGGACCAAGUGCUCUAAGAACUGCCAAGGAGGGUUCAAGACCAGAGAAGUGCAGUGUGUGGAUAUUCGAGAAAACAGACCUCUCAGACCUUUCCAUUGUCAGUCUCCUGGGAAAAAUCCAGAACAAAACACAUCCUGCAAUACAGAAGCCUGUUUGUCGUGGCUUGCUAAACCAUGGAGUGAGUGUUCAAAGACGUGUGGGGGUGGCAUCCGCCAAAGACAAGUGUUUUGCCCAAAAGCGGAUCGAUGUGAUUGGAAGAAGAUCCCACCAAUCAGUUUGAACUGCAGUGAGGAGCCAUGUACCAGGUGGAACAUCAGCUCAUGGAUGGAAUGUUCUGUUUCAUGUGGAGGUGGAACCCAGAGAAGAAACAUUGAAUGUAUGAACACGCACAAUAACAGUAUGGUACAUCACGAUCUUUGUGAAAAAGCAAAGGCAAAACCUCUACAAACUCAGGAAUGCAAUCAGCAGGAAUGCCAGAAAAAUGCAGAAGACCCUCCAUGCAAAAGGGACAAGAUGUCGGUUAACUUCUGCCGAACUGUGAAAUCUAUUGGUAGAUGCUCGGUGAAGAGUAUCCGAACUCAGUGCUGCUUUACAUGCGCUCAGCUCUGAACGUUCCUUAAAGAGGAAUAAAACUGAAUUGUAAUGGCACCUUGGAAACGAAAGUUGUGUAAAAUUGGCUCUGGGCUAAUUUCAUGUAGACUUGUUUUUUUUAAGUGAUAUUCUGCCCAGAUUUCAAAUGGAGAUUAAAAAUUUGGUGCUGUUUCUAAUUGGGGGUUCAUUCCAAGCAAUAAAAAAAAAACCACAAAAAUUAUUCCGUGUAUCACGGUCCACGGGUGAAAAACUGAGCCGCAAUGCAAAUAAUUUUAAACUAAAAAAAAAAAAAUGAAUUUACAUUUUAAGCAUGGAGCUGAUUUAAGUUCUCUUGAGUAUUGGUAUUUUAUAUAUUUUAUUAUUCUAUUAAAACUGAAGGCUGCUUGGCACAAAUUCCACUGACUCAUUAUUACAAAUAUUUUGUGCUUUUUUUAAAAUUUUUAUUUUUACCAACGAUCAAAUGUGUUUUUGAAAAUUGUAAAUAUUAUUUCGGUAUCAAUAAAAAUUCACUGAAGAACCUGAA